AUUACACGUUCACAAAUAUCACAUCAACUGAAUAAACACACUGACAGCCUAACACAUAAGCAAGUAUACAGAUACAGCAUCAUUCAAAAUGGCCUCAUCAGCUCCAGCAUUGCUCGGAGGUUCGUUAAAGGGGAAGGUUGCCCUCAUCACAGGCGCCAGCUCAGGGAUAGGGGCCGAGAUGGCACGUCACUUCGCUUCCCUGGGAUGCCGAUUGGCCCUGACAGGACGUAACAUGGAAACGCUUCAAGAAGUUACCAAUGAAUGUAUUAGGAGAGGGCUCGACAAAAACAAGAUUUUAAUGAUCCAAGCUGACUUUGAGCUGGAAGCUGAUGUGAAGAGAACUGCAGAAGAAACCAUACAGAAAUUCAACCAGAUUGAUGUGCUGGUCAAUAAUGCAGGAGUGCUUACAGCAGGUUCAGUAGAGACCGUUUCUUUAGAAUCUUUUGAUAAAAUCUUUGCCGUGAAUGUGAGAGCACCCCUCCAGCUCACCCAGCUCCUAGCGCCACAGCUGAUCAAAACUAAAGGGACUGUGGUAAAUGUAUCAAGUGUGGUGGGCAAGGUAUCGAUGCCCGACUUCUUAAUCUAUAGUAUGUCUAAGACAGCGUUGGAUCAUAUGACAAGGUCUAUAGCUGAAGAACUAGCGCCCCAUGGAGUUCGGGUCAACGCAGUGAACCCUGGUGCUAUUGUGACCCCUAUCAUCAAAAGAUCAUUCGGGAUGACUGAUGAGGAAACAGCCCAGUUUUUUGAGAAAAUGAAGAGGAAUCAUGCCAUGCGAAGGACUGGUACCGUAGAUGAAGUAUCCCGGACGAUAGCAUUCAUGGCAUCCAACGACUCGUCUUUCACCACGGGGGAAACCGUUGGUAUUGAUGGAGGGUGCCAUCUUUUGGUUACAAAAGUUCCCAUAUAGGCAAUUUUCACUACAAAUCAAACCACUCAGCUCGGACACUUCCCCCUAGACAAUAGCCCCCCUAAAAAUUACUACCUCAGCGCAAUUACCUCUUAGGAAAAGAAACCUCGGGGACAAUUACCACCAGGAAAAUUACCCCAAGGACAAUUUCCCUGAGCAUUCGCCUCUAAAAAAUUUCCGCCUUAAGAAGGUGACCGCUAGGACAUUUAGCCCCUAGGACAAUACCCCCCUCCCCUUUCGUCAAGACAACUACUACCCUUUUAAGCAAAGAACUCCGAUGACAAUUUACCCUCUGGAAAUAAUUACCACCUAGCAUAGUUGCUCUCGGACUCAUAUCAUCCAGAAAAUUACAAUCGGGCCAAUAAUACCUUCUAGAAUUUAUGCCCCGGAUCGAUAACCACCCAUUGUCUUGGGUGAUAAAUAAUUACCCCUAUUGACGGACAUCAUAAAUGCAUAUGGAAAUGUGCAUGAUUGCCAUCCAACCGGCUUGCACUGUUCUUAUAUAAUAUAUGAUUAUGUUCUUUUACAUAAUGAUGAUAUAUUACCUGUCUCUUGUUGCUACAAUUGUGAUUCUUUAUCUUUCAUCAAUAUCACCAUGGACCUACUGCUAUCACUGAAUUGUUUUCGACGUGCAUGAAUGUAAAGAUGAUGGUUUAACUUUGUAAUAUCUCAGUUUUAUAUGGAAACUCUGUAUUUUUGUUCUAGUCAGAUAAUCGUAUAAUUGUCUUUGUUUGUAUAAUGGGCCCUUAUCCAUGUUUCUUCUCCAAAAUCAAAGUUUCCUUCACGUAAUGUAUAUUUUUAUUGUCAUGCUGCAGAAUGUUUUGUGGUAUAAUAAUUCAUUUUGAAACUAAAAAAAUAGCCUUCAACAUAAAUAUAUGGUAUGUAUGGUACCGUGUUAACAAAAGAAAAACUAAUCCGCUUUCUGGUACAUUAAUCUCAUUUGGUUUUGUCACUCCAGAGCAUCGUUUUUCAACCCGGAAAAAGAGAAGUUUAGUUAAAUCAA